AUGCGGGGCAGGAAGGGGGUGCGGGGCGGCGGGGGAGCGGGGGUCCCGCGGCAGAGCGCCAGCGAGCGGGAGAAGCUGCGGAUGCGGCGGCUGGCGCAGGCCCUGCUGCGGCUGCGGCACUACCUGCCGCCCGCGCUGGCGCCCGCCGGGCAGACCCUCACCAAGAUCGAGACCCUGCGCCUCGCCACCCGCUACAUCGCCCACCUCUCCGCCCUGCUGGGGCUCGGCCGGGGGGCGCCGGCCCCCCGACACUGUCCCCUCUGCCCCCGGGGCCUGGGGUGCUGCCAGGACACGGAGCCCCGUGAUGCUUCGCCCCCCGGCACUGCGGGUUGGGGGUCACCUCCCAUGGCGAGGACCCCCCCGGAGCUGCACGGGGCUCCCGGCAUGGGGACGGGUGCCUGGGGGUCACCUCUCUGCAGCCCUGCUGUGGGCACUCCCCCGGAGGUGCUUGGGGGUCCGGAGAUGGGGCUAGGGACCUGGGGGUCACCCCCCUAA